AUGCUCAAAAUAAAGGCUCUUUUCUCGAAAAAGAAACCGGGCCAAGCGGAUUUGUCUCAGGGAUCUAAAAAAUCAUUCAAGGGUAAGACUAAGUCGAGCGGUGCGGAUAAUAGAAAUGUUUCCCAGGAUAUUUCCUCUGCUAAUGAAAUUUAUCAGAAUAGAAAUACAACUCAGUAUUCAAAUGCUAUCGCUGAUGAUCAUCAUAUGAAGUCUUUAACCGAUGAAUUAGUAGCCACAAUAGAUUCAGAUUCCUCUCCUAGUGAUAACAUUACCACUGAAAAUGUAGAAACAGUUAUUCCUGAAUCAGAAAUAAAUGUUCGUGAAAGUUUUGAAGAUCAAAUAAGUUAUGACCCGUUAAUUUCUGAUGGAUCUCUUCCGGAAGAGAGUGUGGUUAUGGAUGAUAGUCAAGAUGACGAUACUGAUGAUGAACACUUGGAAGAUGAAACCCCAGAAAAGUCCUUUCUCGAACAGAAGGAGCUAAUGGGUUACAGACUAAUCAAUAAAAUUGGUGAAGGUGCCUUUUCAAAGGUCUUUCGAGCCAUACCUGCUAAAAAUAGUUCUAAUGAGUUUCUAAGCAAAAACUAUAAAGCCGUAGCCAUUAAAGUUAUUAAAAAGGCAGAUUUAUCCUCAAUUAAUGGUGAUCAUCACAAAAAAGACAAAGGGAAGGACAGCACUAAGACUUCUUCUAGAGAUCAAGUUUUGAAAGAGGUUGCACUACAUAAAACGGUCUCUGCUGGUUGUUCACAAAUUGUCGCUUUCAUAGAUUUUCAAGAAACAGAUAGUUACUAUUAUAUUAUUCAAGAGUUGCUAACUGGCGGAGAAAUAUUUGGCGAGAUUGUCAGAUUAACCUAUUUCAGCGAAGAUUUAUCAAAACAUGUAAUCAAACAAUUAGCACUGGCUGUUAAACAUAUGCAUUCAUUAGGUGUAGUGCAUCGUGAUAUAAAACCGGAAAAUCUUCUGUUCGAGCCGAUUGAGUUCACACCCUCCGUAAAACCAAAAUUCAGGAAAUCGGAUGAUCCGCAAACGAAGGCAGACGAAGGUAUAUUCACGCCGGAAAUUGGUGGUGGUGGAAUCGGUAUAGUAAAACUAGCUGAUUUUGGUUUGUCUAAACAAAUCUUCUCCAAAAACACCAAGACUCCUUGUGGUACGGUAGGUUAUACUGCUCCUGAAGUUGUCAAAGAUGAACACUACUCUAUGAAAGUAGACAUGUGGGGAAUUGGUUGUGUUUUAUACACAAUGUUAUGUGGGUUUCCACCAUUUUAUGAUGAAAAAAUUGACACCUUGACCGAAAAAAUAUCAAGAGGUGAGUAUACUUUUCUAAAACCUUGGUGGGAUGAAAUUAGUGCCGGUGCUAAGAAUGCUGUAGCUAAACUAUUAGAAUUAGAGCCAUCUAAAAGAUAUGAUAUCGACCAAUUUUUGAACGACCCAUGGUUGAACUCAUUCGAUUGUCUACCAAAGAAGGGCGAAUCUUCACAAAAGAAAGCAGGUACUUCCGAGAAACGCCAUCUACAUAAGAAACAAUUCCAACUUUUUCAGAGAGAUUCCUCGCUACUGUUUUCACCAGCUGCUGUUGCUAUGCGUGAUGCCUUUGACAUUGGUAACGCUGUGAAACGUACCGAAGAAGAUCGUAUGGGAACGCGUGGAGGACUGGGUUCGCUUGUUGAAGACGAGGAAUCGGAAGAUAAUUACAAUGACGCUCGAGGAGAUGAACAACUGGAACAAAACAUGUUCCAACUAACUCUGGAUACGUCUACAAUUUUACAAAGGAGAAAGAAGGUUCAAAAGGAUGACCUGGGACCACAAGUUCCAAUUAGUGCCACCAUCCAGGAAUAG